ACUUGCAGUUGCUGUGCACCACCUCUUGUCAGCUACGGGAUCCAUAUGCUUAUCAAAGCCAGGGUUAACAAAGCUAUGGGAACUUCAUCAAACGUGCUGCUAAGACUCUGAAACACACCAGCAACUAACGGCCUUUUCAAGGAACUACAAAAAUCAUCCACCUCGGCUGGUGGUGAAAACCUUGUCAACUCUGGAAGAAGCAGCCAUGGACUCGAGAGACACAGCCCCGGAAUCAUGGGACCUGGAGGUGGAUGCCGAGGCCCCGGCUCCCGCGGCGGGGCUUCAGACUGCCUUUGCUGCCCUCAACGUUAAUGCCAAGCCGUUUGUUCCCAACGUUAACGCCCCGAUAUUUGUACCAAGCUUUCUUCAAGCUAGCACCGCGGAAAUGCCGGUUCCAGACGGUACCCCUGAACCCGCUGCUAACAUGGAUGUGGCAGACACAGUCGCUCCAGUGGAGAAUGGAAACACAGAAGCAGACAUGACCACAGAGGAGGAGACGUGGGAGCAGAAGGAAGAACCCGGGGGAGGCGAGGGAGGUGGAGGACAGGAGGAUUCAGGGACAGGAGGACCCUGUGAGGAGGAGGCAGCUGUGGGGAAGGAGGAUGAAGAGAUGAUGGAGGAGGAAGAGGAGGAGAUGCCCAUGCCUAAAGUGGCUCCGCCCCCUCCUGAUGCUCCUAAGAAAGAACAUGUGAACGUGGUCUUCAUCGGUCAUGUAGAUGCUGGCAAAUCAACUAUUGGAGGACAAAUCAUGUACCUGACUGGAAUGGUGGACAAACGAACCCUGGAAAAAUAUGAAAGAGAAGCAAAAGAAAAGAACAGGGAGACAUGGUACCUAUCAUGGGCUCUGGACACAAAUCAGGAGGAGAGGGACAAAGGGAAGACAGUUGAAGUUGGAAGGGCUUAUUUUGAGACGGAGAAGAAACAUUUUACCAUCCUGGACGCCCCUGGACACAAAAGCUUUGUCCCCAACAUGAUUGGCGGGGCGUCACAGGCCGACCUGGCAGUCCUGGUGAUUUCAGCAAGAAAGGGGGAGUUUGAGACUGGAUUUGAGAAGGGGGGACAGACGCGGGAACACGCCAUGCUGGCUAAAACGGCCGGAGUUAAACACCUCAUUGUGUUGAUCAACAAGAUGGACGACCCCACUGUUAACUGGAGCCUAGAAAGGUAUGAGGAGUGUAAAGAGAAGCUGGUGCCAUUUCUUAAAAAGGUGGGCUUCAACCCUAAAAAGGACAUCCACUUUAUGCCUUGUUCUGGACUCACAGGUGCCAACCUCAAAGACCCUGUAACUGAGUGCCCCUGGUACACGGGUUUGCCAUUUAUUUCCCAUCUGGACAGUUUGCCAAACUUCAACAGAUCCAGUGACGGACCUGUCAGGCUACCCAUCGUUGACAAGUACAAGGAUAUGGGUACAGUCAUCCUCGGGAAACUGGAGUCUGGAUCCAUCAGUAAAGCCCAGCAGCUGACCAUGAUGCCAAACAGGCAUACAGUAGAGGUAUUGAGCCUGCUCAGUGACGAUGUGGAGACGGAUGAUGCAGGUCCUGGUGAGAACCUCAAGCUGAGGUUGAAGGGAAUCGAGGAAGAAGAGAUCCUCCCUGGUUUCAUCCUCUGUAGCCCUGACAACCUCUGCCACUCUGGCCGCACCUUUGAUGCACAGAUUGUCAUCAUUGAGCACAAAUCAAUCAUUUGUCCUGGUUACAAUGCUGUCCUUCACAUCCACACCUGCAUUGAAGAAGUGCAGAUCACAGCCUUAAUCUGUCUGGUUGACAAGAAGACAGGAGACAAAAGCAAAACCCGACCUCGCUUUGUCAAGCAGGACCAGGUGUGUAUCGCCAGGCUCCGGGCAGCAGGAGUCAUCUGCUUAGAGACCUUCAAAGACUUCCCUCAGAUGGGACGAUUCACGCUGCGAGACGAAGGCAAAACUAUCGCUAUUGGCAAAGUGCUGAAGCUGGUGCCAGAAAAAGACUAAAUGCGCCACUGGCAGCUUGCAUGGAGUUCUUCCACUCGUUAUCAGAGGAGAAACGCUGCCGGAGCCGACCCAAACACCUACUCUCUCUUUACACACAACUUUGCUGAAGAGAACAACAACAACAAGGAGGGAUGAAGGAGAAUAAAAUCAUGUCAGAUGAAGAGAAACAAGACUGAAUCAGUUUUUAUGAACAAUAUGAAAUGAGAGACCAAGUCCAGUGUGUCAGCUUUCUCAUAUUGAGAGCUCAGCUAUGCCACUAAUGUAGCUACAUGCCCCACACCCCCUGUCCUCCUUUCUCCCAGGGCCAACCGUGCUGUCGGCUGACCACGCCAUUGUUUUUUAGAAUGGAUGCAGUGUUUCCAAGCUUGGAGAAGAAAACAGUUUAGAAAGGUUUAAAUAUCCUGAAAAACACCAGGAUUAGCUUGUAGUUAUGCUAUUCAAAGUGAAUUUCACUUUUUAAGAGGGGGGGUUAGGAAUCCAGCAAACAUUUGAUUUGGUUUUAAGGAUUGCUGUACCAAAAUUUUUAGUUUGGUCUCUCUCCACGUGAGAUGGUUUAAUUGGACUGAGCUCACAUUCAGUAAUGAUCUGAUGAUCCAAUGCUAAACACACUCACACAAACAGAAACAGACAACUGUUACAUAAUCUCAAGUGAAAAUAAAAGAUCAAGAU